AUGUCACAACUCAUGUCAUUCUUACACCAGUACGGGUACGUUUUCUUUAAUCAAAGUAAUGCUCGGACUGAUGAGCUUGAAGAAUUAUUCUUUACGCAUCUAGGCUCGUUGGAACUAUUGUGUGCAUUCCCGCAUGUAUUACUGAUGGAUGUUACCUACAAAACUAACAGGUUCAGGAUGCCUCUAUUUGAGAUUGUUGGUGUGACUUCAAUGAAUAUGACAUUUUGCAUUGCAUUUGUAUUCUUGCAAUCAGAAAAAGAGGACAAUUAUAUUUGGGCACUGAUAGAGAUUGGUGUUGAUGAGGUCGUGUGCCCAAGUGUUUCCCGAGGCGAUGAAACUGCUCUGUACAUGGCACAUCAACAGAGCUGUUAUAGCCAACUAGCUGAGAAUCAGCAUUCUAAGUUGAAACGACACUUGGGCACUUCACAGUCGGACGUGGAGUCAACAGUGUCAUCUAUUCAUCAGCUCCUCCAAGUUGUCGGAGAAGACGUCUACUCUUGCAUAUGUAAACUUUGUACGAGUAAUGAACUGCCAUGUGCGCACGAGCUUGCAAUAGAUACAAAUGAAGGUCGUCCUACACCACUUGCUUGCAUUGAUAAAUUUUGGAAGAAACUUGACUUAUUGCCGUGUGUUUCUCCUGAAGAUGAUGAUCUCAAUUGUAGUGUCGAGCUACAAAUGUUCACAAAACAAUUUAAGCAUCAAUCAAGGCCUGGUAAAGUCAGUCUACUAAGGAAGUUAAGGGAGCUAAUUAAUCCAUCAAUAACUGCACUUCUUCAACCUGUUGUUAAAACUGAUAUUUGUGGACACCCCUCCUCAAAAAAGAAAGUAGAUAGAUAUAAUAAUGGCAAUCCGUCUGCAUUCAAGUUUGUUCAGCAUGAUUUGAACCAUUCCGAGGAACCAAGUAGACACAAUUGUUCAUCAGUACGCUCCUCCUCGAAGAAGAAAAAAGACAUAUCUACCCGUGGUAAAGCAUCUGAGUUUAUGCAACAUGAUUUUCUUCAUUCUCAUGAACCAGGUAGACACAGUUGUUCAUCUCUCUAUAAUACUUCACCACUCCCUACACAAAGGAUUUCAAGAUCGAAUUCAGUUAACCAUGAGCAUGGAUAUCUUUGUCAGUUCUCACCUACAUUGCAUCCUUACAUUAUGUUUGUAAAAGAUGUAAGAGCUAAUGGAAAUUAUGACUUCCGGGCUAUUGUUGGGUUGCUUGGUUUUGGCGAGGAUGCAUGGAUGCACGUCCAUCAAAACUUGAUUGACGAGUUGAGAACAUUCUGGACAGAGUAUGUUGAUCUAUUUGGUGGUUAUGAUCGAGCAUGUUCCAUUGACAACUCACUGAACUUUUGGGAAUCAUAUAGAGCAGCACCAAUUCAGAAUUGGAUGAUGAUGCAUAACAUGGGUCACUUGAUUGCUUCAAGUUAUAAUGUCAUAUUACAUCUUCUUAGUUCUGAACAAUGCUUGACAUUUUUACCACUACGAUCAGUGCCACCACCGUCACAUGAACAUGUUACUAUCACUAUCGGGUUCGUUAAUAAUAAUCACUUUAUCCAGGUUACCUUGAUAGAGGAUUACCCGAUGCCUCCCAUUAUGAUUCAAUGGUUUAGGUACAGACCAAUUUCUUUCUCGCGUUUGCAUCCCUUUUUGGGACUUUGUUCCAAGAGGAGUAAUACACAUUUUAAUAAUAACCUUGGAAGUAUUGUCUCAUUGCUUACUGAUAGGCAAGAGGAGAAUGGACAUGUUCCAUUCAAAGUAUCCUACUGUUGUUUUAAGGCUUGUAAGGAGGGAUUUAGGAAAGGCUGCAGACCAACAUUAGGAAUUGAUGGAUGUUUUUUAAAGGGAUUAGUUAAAGGGGAAUUAUUGACAGCAAUGGGCCAAGAUGGGGUAAUUGAUCGUGGAAGUGAGAGUAUGAAGAACAAGAAGAAUAGAGCUGAUGGAGGGCCAUUUGGUGGGCAAAGUUGA